GGGUGUUGAAUGGAAAAUAAGUAAACGAAGCGUGAAGCGCAACAGUGAGGGACAAAGCUGCAGGUACUCGGGGAAAGAAAGAAAGAGCGAAGAGUUGGAAAGACGAGUGCUGCUGAGAAACCGCACAAUUUGCAUCCUAUAAACCGAGACAAAAUGAUGUUUUCUGCUGCUGACAGAGCCCGAACCCGCAGACAAAGCUCGAGAGUGGUUUAAAUUCCACAUUCUUUUCUUUAUAAAAAGCUGCGGUGUUUUGUUCUUACCGUUCUCCUUUGCUUGGAAUCACGUUUCUCCUGUGCAAAUGAUUUCAGUCUAUAUAUAAUGUUUUAUUGGUAUUAUUCUCUCACUGUGUGGAUUUAUUUUCCUCUGAGAAAAGCGCUUACGUGAUUUUAAUCUCUGAAGUAAAGGAAAGUGACAGGGUGGGUGCACUGUAGACAGCGUCCGUCUGAGCUCAAUGUAACUCACAGGCGGAAAGGGAGAGCAGCAGUGGAAGUAACCGCAAUGCUGCUGGCUGGUUCGCAUUGGUUUGUGAAACGAGGCUAGUCUGAAAGCACCGAGCGGGAGCAGGAGCAGGAAGAGAAGGGAUAGAGCGGAACCACGGCUGCAGUUCAGAGAGCAGUGCUCGAUCUUGCCAUGAGAACUCUAUGCGGCGCCUUGGCGCUUUUAGGAUGGCUACUGGUGACUCUCGAUGCCCAGUAUAUUUGCUGGCAAGCUCUGUUCAGGUGCCAGCAGGAGAAAGACUGCGAACUGGCGUACAAUCAAUACCUAACAGCCUGCGAUGUUUACUUGAAAGGGAACAGGAGACAGUGCCCCAGCCACUGCAUCAGCGCCCUGGUCAGACUGAACCAGACCCAGAAUGGCCCGGAUCUGGAGAGCUGUGACUGCGGUCAGGACGGACAGUGCAGUAGGGCCAAGCGAGCCAUUGAGCCCUGUCUGCCCCGCAGGUAUCCCGGGGAUGCGUCCGGUAUUGGGUGUACCGAAGCCCGCCAACGCUGCGAGGAAGAACCUGGCUGCCACCCCAUGCUUACAGCCUACCUCUCCAACUGUGGGCAACUGUUCAACGGCAGAAAAUGCACCUUAAAGUGCAAGACUACCAUUCAGCAGAUGCUUUUCAUCCCAAACGGAGUGCUCCUCAACCGCUGCGUCUGUGACGGGGUGGAGAGACCCUUCUGUGAGGUGGUCAAGGAAAACAUGGUGAAGCUGUGCUUUGGGGACCAGGGCUUCUCCACCACGGGCCCAGACGCAGAGGAUUUGUAUGAAGACGAAGAUUACGAGCUCAGGCCCGACAGGGAUGAGGUAGAGUCGGAUACGGUGUACUCAAAUCACCCGCCGUUCCUCGUCUCAGUGGGGCUACAGCUCGGGCUGAUACUGGCUUGGAGGUUGCUUUGCUGACUGGCAGCUCAAAACAAAUGGAUUUAAAACGGAAGAGUAUUUAAUUCUCGAGGAUACAAAGGUGAUAUUUGGACUCAUUACAUUAUAUAUUUCACGACAGCAAUCUUGGUUAUUAAAUGCGCCACAUUGGAAUAUAGCCUUUGGGAAAAUUCUUAAAUUCUCCCCCCGAGACAAUGUUUUUUUAUAAAAGGACCGAGAGGGGAGGACAUGGGUAUUUUCCGCUUUGCUCUCGCGCUUGUCCUGGAUAAACAGAGUGCACACGUGGAAGCAACUCGUGUAACAUUCGUGCCAGAGCUCUUCUUGGGGGUAUUAAGAGUUUAGACAAACACGAGGGUGCUGAUUUCUGUUUACUCUCCUUUCCUCGACACUCCAGAGCUGGCAUUGUGGCGAUCACACUUCAAAUAUUUGUGGUGAACCUCAAGAGAACAGGCAAGGAGUUCAGAUCAAGUAGUUAAAUUAACUCAAGUGCUCCCCCUCGAGAAAUUCGUGUUGAAAAGGACUCUCUUUGCCCUUCUCCCCUCUCCCCCUUUUUUUGCAGCAGAGGAGUCCGGUCUUGGACGCAGGGUUACACGAAACGAGACGGGGAAAAGUUGAAGGCGUAAUUGCUUAUUUAAUAUGACAAUUUUAAGUGUUUUGCCAGAAGACAGUAACCGAUCCUUUUUUUAAUUUUUUUUAACAGCACAUCAUAUAUAAAAUUCAAGGACAGUUCUUGUUAACCAGAGUCCACAUUUGACAAAUUUAACACUUUUUUUAGAUGCACGAUUUCCAAUAAACUGUUACAAGGAGGAUUUUGUAAGUUUAAAUCAAUGGAACAAUGGGAGCUCAUUUCUUUCUCAAACCAUAUACUGGAUAACCAUAAUGCUGGAUAUGACGCGUUAAUAAUACAUGUUAAUGGGGGUUAAUAAACACGCUGCUUUUAGUCGAGAAUAUGUUUAUGUUUUAGUUGCCCUGUUGUAUUCAGGUCACAAAAAAGCAGCGAAUAAGCUGUUCUUUCGGCAUUCAUCUUACUCUCAGAACUUUAUGAUUCAGUCGUGCAUAUCUGAACUGCUGUUUAUUAAAGUUUGGUUUUAAAUCCGGACAGGCAGCAUUACUAAUAUGAACGAUUCAUGACGUUUUGGCUAUUUGAAGUACUUCAGAACAAAUUUAAGUUACGGGUACCGGUUUAUGUUUAGCUGACUUUGUCCUGAAUUUGUAUGCAUUCCUUCGGGGUCACGUGGACACGUUCUGAAUAACGAGGGCGUUAUUUUAUUCAUUAGCCUUAUUCAUUAUUUUAUUCAUUAGUGAAAAGUGAACGGCUUUUAAUUUUCAGUUGAAGAUUUUAGAACU